AUGCAAUUUGUUUGGAAUACGUUAGUUAUUUGUUGUCUAGGAUUUUUCGCCAUAAUUUGUAUUCAUAACGAAAAUGGUACCUUCCUAUUCAUGAAAACUAUUCUUUCUUACUUUGUCGUAAUGAGUGAAGCUUUUAUCAUUUGCUUUGCCGGAGAGCAUCUCAGUCUCAAAAGUAAAUUAAUUGCCAGUGCGACAUACGAAUCGCUGUGGUAUAAGUUGCCGUCACGUCAAAGUAAAUUAAUGUUAUUCAUAAUAAUGAGAGCUCAGAAGCGAUUAGCAAUCACGGCAGGGAAAAUGAUGGAUAUGUCAUUUGAAACUUUUACCAGUAUCAUGAAGGCGUCAGUAUCAUAUAUGUCUGUUCUGAACGUUAUGUAUUGAUACAAAUGAAUAUGUAA